CGGGGCCGAGCGGGCGGCCCGGGAGCGGGGCCGGGGCCGGGGCCGGGGCCAGGUCCGGGGCCGGGGCGCUGCCCCCGCCAUGUCCAAGCUGCUGCCGGCGCAGGAGGCGGCCCGGAUCUACCACACCAACUAUGUGCGGAACGCGCGGGCUAUGGGGGUGCUCUGGGCCCUCUUCACGCUCUGCUUCUCCAUCCUGAUGGUGGUGACCUUCAUCCAGCCCUACUGGAUCGGCGACAGCAUCGACACGCCGCAGGCCGGCUACUUCGGCCUCUUCUCCUACUGCAUCGGCAACGCGCUCACCGGUGAGCUCAUCUGCAAGGGCAGCCCCCUGGACUUCGGCACCAUCCCCUCCAGUGCCUUCAAAACUGCCAUGUUCUUCGUAGGCAUCUCCACCUUCCUCAUCAUCGGCACCAUCCUCUGCUUCAGCCUCUUCUUCUUCUGCAACGCAGCCACCGUCUACAAAGUCUGUGCCUGGAUGCAGCUGGCGGCGGCCACGGGGCUGAUGAUCGGCUGCCUGAUCUACCCCGACGGCUGGGACUCGAGCGAGGUGAGGCGAAUGUGCGGCGACAAGACCGACAAAUACACGCUGGGCGCGUGCACCGUGCGCUGGGCGUACAUCCUGUGCAUCAUCGGCAUCCUCGACGCCCUCAUCCUCUCCUUCCUCGCCUUCGUGCUGGGCAACCGGCAGGACAACCUGCUCCCCUCGGAUUUCAAAGUGGAGGAGAAAGAAGAGGGAAAUGACUGACAGAGCUGAUCACCACGGACAUCCAGAGCUCUCCUUCCAUCAGCCCUUUUCUUUGAAGUGACUCUUCUAGGAAGCUUAAACGUACCAAAUUCUGUGGAUUUUCUACAGCUGUUUUCUUCAUCCACGGGGCCGCUCUUGGCUCUCAGCUCUUGUGGAGCUUAACUGGUGGAAGAGCCCAAAAUGGACACAAAGAGUUUUUCUGAGUCCAUCAGCAAGAGGGACAAGAGGGGGAGGAUGGUAAUUUGCUGCUUUUUGGGGGUUUGUACACUUUCUUUCGAGGAAAUUACUUCUGAAUUAAAACAAAAAAAACCAAAAACAGCACCAAAACAUCAGUUUUGGGUUUUGUGGUCAUCUCCUGAGGAAGAAACCCUCUGCCAUAUCCCAGGUUGCUCUUUUACUGGAAAAAUACCAUGACAGGCCAAUUCCCAGCUGAGCCAUGAAUCAGUUUCCUGCUCUGGGCAGCAAUAACCAAACACAACCUCUGAAAAAGGGCACUUUUCUGGGAAAAAAUAGAAAACCAAACAGCAAAACCAGAACCCAGCGUGCUGGGCUGCACCUGCAAAGCACAGAUGGUGCCAGUCAGCAUCAACUCCCUGCACCACCCAAUAAAUCUGAUUUAGCCAUCAUCUCCCAUCCCAUCCAGCACCCUCCCAUGGCAGCCCUUGGCACAGCCCAUUCCUGCAGAAGACAAAGCAGCUCUCACCUGGUCAGAACCCCAAAUCAGCCUGCAUUAUCAUUUUCAUCUCUAGUCACUGAAAAUUGCUGGUUCCUGCAGCACUCAAGUCAGUUCAGUUCUAACAAGUACCUUCCAGUUUUAUGCUUCCCUAUAAAAAAGUGUUUGGGGAGGUUUUAUUGAGACUCUUGGCUAGAUAAGACAGCAGAGAUAUGACAGACUUGAAGAAAAAUGUAUUUUAGAAUAGAAAAAUUCCAGCAGAGUUGUCCUAUUUUUUACUCUUCUCCUCUUUUUAAAAUGGAUCACAACACCAGCAACAAAAUCUUUACCUACCUCAUUCUGGAAAUCAAAAGUGAUUGUUCACUACUGAAGCAAAUUCCAUCCCUGAUCCCCUGACUCAGAAUUACAAGGGGCAUGUAUGAAGACUAGGGGUUCAGUUAUUAAAUAAUCUGUUUAUUGUAGGGCUUUCACAAAGGAAAAAAAAAAAAGACGAAGCACCCAAGUAGAAAGAAUAAAAAUGUAUUUUCCUUCAGGUUUUAGACUGACACAGCAAGUACAAAUCCUUUAGUGUGAGCACUUCAUGGCAAUUUGGAAAUGGAACAAACCCCAAGUGAACAGAGCAGACGGUACAAGACUGAAUCAGGACAGCUGCUCCUGCAGGUCUUCACUCACAGGCUGGCUCUAGCCUUGGAUACCAUGGUAAAAAAAAACCCUUUUCCAAUCAGGGCUGGCAGAGGAAGGGAAGGAAGGAUGGGCAGGAGCUCUCAACAGAGUGCAGAAAUCCGGGAAAUGUUCCUUCACCAGCCAGUGUGAAGGAGGCAGGACCAGGUGAGCUUUCAAGAGCACAGGAAUUGUUUGUCCUGUAUCCUCAGCUGGAACCCUGUACUGUCUGCAGUCCUCCUGUAACAGAUACAGAAGUGACCCACAACUGGAAAAUGCCAAAUGAAAGAAAAAAACCCAACAAAACAACCAAAAGAAAAGGUUAACUCAGCAGUUUAAAACAUUUUUUGGUAUGUUACCUGCCUUUUUUUAUUAUAUGCAUAGAGAACCUGAUCUACCACUAAAGGAACAUGCAGCAUUUGCAUAAUAAGCCAAAUCAGGCUCUGAACUGGAGAAACUGUUCAAGUGGAUGAAAUGAGCUGGUUUGUGAGUGAAUGAUCCUUACACAGUUCCCAAACACACACACACAAGUGACACUAACAGUGGUCCUGGCAGCUUUGGCAAUGGAAAUUGGCUUGGAUAGCAUCUGCACGGUCUCCAGCAACUUCUGUCCUCUGCAAGCCACCACAAAUCCAAAACCCAUUUGGUCCAGAGCAAGGAAGGGACUCUGAAGUCUCAACACUGCCAAAUCUUGCCUAGAGAAGAGUGGGAUGCACUGAACCUGUAACAGGAUGGGCAAGUCUAGAAGAAGCCAUCAUAGAACUAUCAAAUGCCACAGUGAUUUAACUUUUUUAAUUAAAAUUAACCCAUUUAACCCAUUAUGUCCAGACCCCCUCUGAGAAGUUUACAUAGAAACCCCACAGAACACUUUUUACUCGGGGUAACUCUAGAAACAGCUUCUAAUCCAGUAUCUAUGUGGAAAAGUCAGUUCUCUUCCACUUCUGCCAGCUCUCUUCUUGUGCUAAUGGCCCAGAAAAUAAAAGGCAGUCCCAUCCUGGGAAGUUAUUUCUGAAGGCCUGCACCUGAAGGAAAUGAAUAGAAAUCUUUACACUGGAACUUCAAGUGUUGAUUUUCAAAGUCCAGGGCUGCAGCAGCAUGGCUGUGAUACAGGCACUGCAACCCUUCCCUUGGAAAUAAAAAAACAAAAAAAAUGAAUGGUCAAAAAUGAAAACUCAGA